AUGGAUAAUGAAUUUAUAAAUGAUUCUGAUGAUGGAUUUGAAGACAAAAAUCCAGAGGAUCGAAAUCUGUGGCGGCUUGCGAAAAGGUACAUACGUGAUUGGGAAAAUCUCACGGAAUUUUACGAAGAUGUUCCUUUUCGGAAAAGGUACAGAUUCAGCAAAGAAGCUGUGAUCAAGACCUUAUUACCUUUGAUUGUUAAUAGAGACUUGCAAGGAUACAGCCAAGCAACAGUAUCGAGAAUUGUUGUACAAGUUUCCAAAAUUUUAGCAUCACACUUAAACGAAUUUAUUAAUUUUUCUACAGAAGAAAAACGUCGGAAUAAUAAAAAUAAAUUUUAUGAGGUGGCCAACUUUCCAUCUGUAAUAGGGUGUAUUGAUUGCACCCAUAUAUGUAUUAAGAAUCCUGAAGGAAAUUAUGGAGAGGCUGUAGCUGAACCCCAACGAGAAAUUCUUGAUCUAGUUGUUAGGCAUCCAGGUUCAACUCACGAUGCCGUAAUAUUUGAUCGAAGCGGUCUGCGCUGUCGUUUCGAGCUAGGGCAUCUAGAUGAAAUUCUACUUGGAGAUAAUGGAUAUGCGUGCCGCAGAUAUCUAUUAACGCCUGUUUUAAGACCUGAGACAGACGCAGAACUUUGA